AUGCUCUACGAUUAAAAAUUUCCCGCUAAAAACUGCAAUUUUUCACUGAAAACUCACCAAAACCACCCGAAAAUGCAGAUUAAUCCUCCUGCAACUGUGCUCAUUGAGCCCCGUGACUAUCGAUCAUUCUGCUUUCGCGGCGAAGGGCGCGCGAAUUUCGUUAUUAGCGCCAGGCAUCGGGUUUCUGGAGUCAGGAUAGUAUGGCGAUUCGCAAAAGCUCGAAAAAGUGGUCUAAUGACUGUAAAAGCUCGCAGUGAGCUCGUCAACAGUUAUAUGGAACGAAUAGUUGCCCCAUUCUUCUCCGAUCAAUACCUAGUCGACAUGAAUAUCGUCGAAUUCGACACAGUUGACGUACAUCAGCUCGCGAAGAUCCCAAGCCUUCCGGCGAAUCAGAAAAUUGAAAAAUUCGAGGAUUUAUUCGAAUUACCCGAUGAAUACUCAUUCUUUCCACUGAACACAUUCCAAAGGGUACAUGGAUCGGUUAUUGUGACGAAUCCGAAGCGUCUGACAUCGUUGCAAAUGUUAGAUGCUACACAGUUACCUAUGACUGUCAUGGAUUCGGGGCAUAGCUCUACUAUUACUGUAGAAAUCAAGCCAAAACAAGGGUUUUUUCAACGACACCCGAAUGUUGACGUACCUCACUGCAAUAAUUGUAUUCUCCAGAUCGAAAAAUCGUGUGGCCAAUCGCAUUUCUCUGAAAUGUACGAUUUCUGUCCACUUGACCUGUUCUCUGGUAAUUAUUGCCGAAUGCAAAAAGCAAUUCAUUCGUUAUUCCUGGUUCCUCACCGAAAUCUGAGAAUAUUUGUGGAUGGAAAUCAAGUACAUUCUGAUGAGAAGCCUCUCGAAGAGAAAAUGAUUUCGGAGAUAUUGUUUCCGAGGCAUGAUGCUACGUCGGAGGAUCUUAUUUCGGCGCUCUGCCUCGCCCUCUCAGGAAAUCAUUCGAAAAAGAAGUUCCGACUUCGAAAUUCAUCGGUUUUAGGACAAAUUCUCAGAGCUCAAAAAGUCGACGAAAUUGGAAUUAUUCAGGCUCAUGCGAUAUACGAAACAAUGGAUAAUCAUGUGAAGACAAGCCUCCUGGACAAAUCAGCGCUAACUCGAGCAGGAUUGGAGCUCAUUUUGGAGCAAAGUUCCCAUGAAAAUGAAGAACUUCUGCAGCAACUUCGACGAUAUUUCUUGGCAGCAACAAUGAAAGAUUGCUCGAUAAUGAUCUCCCUCCGACGUCUCAACUCUGCCAAUAUUUCAAAUUCCCGCCGAGAAGAUGUUGUCCGACUGCCCAACGGUCUUCUCUUCGCAUUUUCCAUUAAAAUUGUCGAUUUGGACCCGAAAACCGCGAAAAAUCUAGUAAACAGCCAUGCACGAUUCAUGUCGGGCAUUAAAAUUAUCAGAUUGGAUCAGGAAAAUGUCGAAAAUGAGCGAAAUUUUAAGCCGUGCAUUUAAUUUGGCCAUUUUUUGCAUCAAAAAUUGAAUUUUCCCCCAAAAUCUGCAUUUUCGAGAUUUUCGCGAAUGUGUAAUAUGUUCAAAUUUUGGAAAAAAUAAUGUUUGGAAAUAUUAUGCAUUUCCACAAAAUUUGAACCAUUUUUUGCGUGAAUGUGUAAUAUUUCGAAAAUUUGAAAAUAUUACACAUUCCCCCAAAAUUUUACCCAUAUUUUGUGUGAAUGUGUGAUAUCUCAAAAUUUAAAAGAAUUACACAUUCCCAAAAUUGUCGAACCGUUUUUCCGCGAAUCUGUAAUAUUAAAAAGAAACAAAAAAAUAUUACACAUUCCCACAAUUUUUGAACCAUUUUUUCGCGAAUCUAUAGUAUUUCGAAAAUUUAAAAUGUUUCGAAAAUAUUAUACAUUCCCCCAAUUUUCGACCCAUUUUUUGCGAAUCUGUAAUAUUUCAAGACUAUGGAAAACUUUUUUUAUUUGAAAAUAUUAUGCAUUCCCCCAAAAAUUGUUUUUUUUCUUGUUAUUUUUGCCCUCCCGAUUCUAUAAUAAUAUGCUUGUUUUACCCGUUUUCCGCCCACCAACAUUCUCAAUUUUCUUGUGAUACCCCCUCAGCUUCUCGUGAAUUCUAAUUCCUGCAAAAAUCGAAACAUAUCCCAUGAAAAAAAAAUCCACGUACAUUUCCAAUUUCCUGGUCACUUUUUACACACAAAACACAUAGAUACUCUAUUUUUUGUCCGAAAAAAAAUUUUUUUUUUGAAAAUGAUUUUUUCAUAUUAAUGUAUAAUCCCAUAUUCUAAUAUUUUUUUCAUUCCUUGUUUUCCCCCUUCCAGCCGGUGUUUUUUAUUUUUUUUUCGAAAUUAGACGAACAAUAAUGAAUGUAUAUCGCAUUUU